ACGAGGCCCAUCUAAAAUCUGCAAACAAAAAACCACCCAAUACCCAAACUUGAAUUCUUCACCAGCCGAGGCGCUUCAUAGUUUUUCAAGAUGGCGCCAGGCAAGAAGAACCUCAAGGCGACCAAGAAGUUUGAGAAGAGACAUCUCACAGGUGUUCUCGACAAGCGGAAAGCAGGCGCCAAAAUCAAGCAGCGCUAUCAGAUGCAGGACAAGAAGAAGGCUAGAAAGUCAAAAGAUGCAGAGUUUCUCAAGGGCUCCAAGGAUGGAGAGGGCGGAGAGGUCAAGAAGCCCAGCGCCAAGGGCAAAAAGGUCAACGAUAUGAGUGUCGAUGAGUUCUUCUCGGGCGGUUUCGACGACAUCAUCGACAGCAAGGAUAAGAAGGCCGGCAAGCUUGGAAAGCGAAAGAGGAACGGUGCCGCCGCCGAGGAUAGCGAAGCUAGCGACUCUGACGACUCGAUCGGCGCGCAGCCCAUCGCGGCCGACAGCGACGACAAUGAUGGCGACGACGACGCCGAGGACGAUGUUGGCAUGAGCAAGGAGACCAUGGAGAAGCUCGCCGAGAAUGAUCCCGAAUUCUACAAGUUCCUCAAGGAGAACGACCCCGAGGCUCUCGACUUUGACGACAACGCCGACCUCGCAGAGGUAGAUGCGCUUAGUGGCGACGACGAGUCGGAACAAGAAGAGGAGCAGCCCAAGAAGAAGCGGAAGAAGGAGAAGGAGGCCAAGGCUGAGGCCGUUGCGCAAGGGAACGAGUUGACCCGUGAGCUUGUCGCUUCGUGGAGGAAGGCUAUGGCCGAGAAGAACUCUCUACGGGCGGCUCGACAGGUUGUUCUAGCUUUCCGAUGCGCUGCACACUUGAACGAGGAUGAUGAUGGGGAGACUCAGCAGCGAUAUGCUAUCAACAGUCCCGAGGUCUUCAACGACAUUCUUCUCCUCGCCCUCAAGGAGAUCCCCACGGUUAUGAACCACCAUCUCCCCGUCAAGGAGUCAGCCUCUGGCAAGGUCCACGUCCAGACCGAGUCAAGAAAGUUCCACACAUUGUCUCUGCUGCUCAAGACAUAUACCUCGUCCAUCAUGCACCUGUUGAGCACUCUCUCCGACGACAAGACCCUCAAGCUCACACUCUCAUCCAUCACCCCUAUUCUCCCUUACCUCCUCUCCUUCAAGAAGCUCGUCAAGGCCCUCGCCAAAUCAGUCGUCAACUUCUGGGCUCAGCCUGCCAGUUCCGAGACGACAAAGCUCACAGCAUUCCUCGUCCUACGACGUCUGGUUGUUAUCGGUGAUAAGGGUAUUCGCGAAACUGUUCUCAAGGCUGUUUACCAAGGUCUUAUCCAGGGCUGCCGUGUCACAAAUGCCAACACUCUUCAGGGCAUUAACCUCAUGAAGAACUCUGCUGCUGAACUUUGGGGUAUCGACCAGUCUGUUGGCUACACAACUGCCUUCUCUUUUAUCCGACAACUCGCUAUUCACCUGCGAAACAGUAUCGUACACAACAAGAAUGAUGCCUUCCGAAUCGUCUACAACUGGCAGUACACACACUCCCUCGACUUCUGGUCAUGCGUUCUCGCCGAGCAUUGCAGUCCCCUGAAGGAGGCCGAGGCUGGAAAGGAGAGCCAACUGAAGCUCCUUAUCUACCCCCUUGUUCAAGUCACGCUCGGAGCCAUGCGCCUCAUUCCCACCGCCAUCUACUUCCCCUUCCGCUUCCACCUAAUCCGCUCCCUGCUCCGACUCUCCCGCGCCACUGGAACUUACAUCCCUCUCGCCUCACCCCUUCUCGAGGUCCUUACUUCCGCUGAGAUGAAAAAGGCCCCCAAGGCCGCCUCCCUCAAGCCCUUCGAUUUCGCCACAGCUUACAAGGCUCCCAAGUCAUACCUCCGAACCCGCGUCUUCCAAGACGGCGUCGGCGAGCAACUCGUUGAGCUUCUUGGCGAGUACUUCUUCCUGUGGGCCACAAGCAUUGCCUUCCCUGAGCUCGCUCUCCCCGUCGUCAUCCAGCUCAAGCGCUGGCUCAAGCAAGCCCGCAACAAGGCCACGGGCAACAAGAACGUCAAGCUCGCUAGCCAAGUCAUUCUCCUGGUGCAGAAGCUCGAGGCCAACGGCAAGUUCAUUGAGGAGAAGCGUGCAAAGGUCGACUUUGCCCCCAGGGACCGCACUCAGGUUGAGGCUUUCUUGCGUGACUUUGACCUGGCCAAGACACCUCUUGGUGCUUAUGUCGUGGGACAGCGAAAGGCUCGUGCUGAGCGUGUCAAGUUGCUUGAAGAGGCCAGGAGAGAGGACGAUCGCAAGAGACGACAGGAUGAGAAGGCCGAUCUAGAAGAUCAAGUGGAGGAUGACAGUGAAGGUGACGAGGACGAAGAUGAAGACGAGGAGAUGGACGGUGAGAACGGCGCUGCUGAUAGCGACGACGAAGAGGAUGAUGAAGAGUAAAUAUAAGUAUUUGUUUUUUCUGGGAUGGUGUGCAAAAACGGAUGUAAUUUCUUCUUACUUGUUAAAAACCUGAAUCAAGGAUACCUACCUUUUCUGUUCAACUUCACUGUGGCUUUGAAAAGAUUAAUCAAACAAGUAUGCAACGGGAUAUAAGUGAUUCAAC